UCCUGAUCUUAAGUCUUUAUGAUAACUUUAACAGUGACUCCCUGAAGCCCCCUCCAGAGGAGAUAAAGCUGAAGAGAGAAUCUCCUGUUAAAAAAGAGGCGGAUGAAGACAAUACUGAUGAUGAUGAUGAAAGUGAAGAUGAAUGGGAAGACGUGGAAGAACUCCAGGAACCUGCCACGGAUAACUUAGAAGCUGCUGUUCUUCCACUGCUGCCAAGCAACCCUGUUGAGAUAGAGAUUGAAACCCCAGAGCUGCUGAAGAAAAGAGAGAGGAGAGAAAAGAGGAAAGCUGAGUUUGAGAUCUAUCUUCGGAGAAUGAUGAAGCGUUUCAGCAAGGAGGUUCGUGAGGACACACAUAAGGUUCACCUCCUGUGUUUAUUAGCAAAUGGUUUCUACAGAAACAGGAUCUGCAGCCAGCCAGAGCUUCAUGCCAUUGGCCUGUCCAUCAUCCCCACCCGCUUCACUAAAGUGCCUGCAGGCCAAGUGGACCUUCAGUACCUUUCCAACUUGGUGAUAUGGUUUGUUGGAACCUUCACUAUCAACGACGAGCUUUCCAAUGAAAAAGGAGAGUCCCUUCAGUCGACCUUGGAGAGGCGCUUUGCCAUCUAUGCUGCACGGGAUGAAGAAGAGUUGGUGCAUAUAUUUUUAAUCAUUCUGCGAGCCCUGCAGCUGCUGUGUCGCCUUGUGCUGUCUCUUCAGCCUGUUCCUCUCAAGGAGGCAAAAGCAAAGGGGAAAAGCUCAUUCACAAAGCAGCCUCUCAGCAGUACCUCUCAGGGGCAGAAGAGCUCUGCCAUAACACCCAAAGCUGCAGCAAAAAAAUGCCUCUGCAAGAAGGCCAAGCAAGAAGAGAAAUCCUCAGAGGGUGAAGAAGACAACAAGGAACCAGACAAACCCAAAACUGCUCAGCCCAAAAGGCCACACAAGUCGCAGCUGACUGCAGGCAGGGAAUCUGGUAAUGGGCAGAGCAGUUUAGUGGAAAAAGAUGUUCCAGUCAGGCCCAAGAACAGUCGGCGGAGACGAGUGGCUUCCAAAGUGUGUUACAAAGAGGAGAGUGGCAGUGAUGAGGGCAGUGAGUCGGACUUCGAGGUUUCAGAGGAGGAGAGUGAUCUCUCUGAUGAGGAUUUUGAAGCUGUCUCUAAAAGGCAGAGGAGCUCAAUGGGCUCCCAGAAGUCAAAGGUAACAGCUACAAAAAGCCCCAAAGUUGAGACUUCCCAAUGGAGGAUAUCUCAGAAUUCAUCUGGAGCUGAGCCUAGGCCAGCAAAAAGUCCAGCUCCAGCCUUGGCUUCUGCACCAAAAAAGAGGAACAAAAUCAUUUCUAGUGAUGAGGAUGAUGGGCAGGAGGCAAGGAAGGCAACGGGCACAGACCAGUGGCUGGAGGUGUUCCUUGAGCCUGAGGACAAGUGGGUGUGCGUAGACUGUGUUCGUGGCAACGUUGGCCAGCCCCAGUUGUGCUUCAUGCAUGCCACAAAGCCACUUUCCUACGUCCUGGGAUUUGACAAUGAUGGGAGCGUGAGGGAUGUGACACAAAGGUAUGAUCCGGUGUGGAUGACGGCAACAAGGAAGAGCCGUGUGGACCCUGCGUGGUGGGAAGACACGCUGCAACCAUAUAGAAGCCCCUAUGUGCAAAGAGAUGAGAAGGAGGAAAAUGAGUUUCAAGUUAAGCUUCAGGAUCAACCUCUACCAACAGCAAUUGGAGAGUAUAAAAACCAUCCUCUCUAUGCGCUGAAGAGGCACCUCCUGAAAUACCAGGCGAUCUAUCCUGAGUCAGCUGCUAUCCUGGGGUACUGCAGGGGAGAGGCUGUCUACUCCAGGGACUGUGUACACACGCUGCACUCCAAGGACACUUGGUUGAAGCAAGCUCGUGUGGUGAGGAUCGGAGAAGUGCCUUACAAGAUGGUGAAGGGAUUUUCCAACCAGGCCCGGAAGGCACGUCUCGCAGAGCCUGCAAACCAGGACAAGGAGGACCUGGCGCUGUUUGGCCGCUGGCAGACAGAGGAGUUUCAGCCGCCUGUAGCAGUGGAUGGAAAGGUUCCUCGGAAUGAAUACGGAAAUGUUUAUCUCUUCCUGCCAUCCAUGUUACCCAUUGGCUGUGUGCAGCUGAAGCUCCCAAAUCUGAACAGAGUGGCCCGGAAGCUGGACAUUGACUGUGCUCAGGCCAUCACUGGAUUUGAUUUUCACGGUGGCUACUCGCACCCAGUCACUGAUGGCUACGUUGUCUGUGAGGAGUUUAAAGAGGUGCUCAUUGCUGCCUGGGAGAACGAACAAGCAGAAAUAGAAAGGAAGGAGCAAGAGAAGCGUGAGAAGAGAGCUCUUGGGAACUGGAAGCUGCUGAUAAAAGGACUUCUUAUCAGAGAGAGACUGAAGAAACGCUACUCCUUCAAGACUGAACCCUCCGCACCAACGACAGAGAAAGGAGCAGGAUUCUCUUCUGAGGAAGGAGGAGGGCCGAGCUCAGAGCCUGCAGCAGGGAAUGUGGAUCUCUUCUGGCCCCAGAAUCGCCAGUUGGAGUUGAAAAAGGAAGGGAAGACAACCAGAAAGAGCAAGCGAGAAAGGAAAGGGGAGGAAGCCCAUUUGUUCCCUUUUGAGAAACUGUGAGCAGAACAGGGUUUACUUUGCUGUCUCCAGAUUGCAGGAACAAGUCACAACAGGUAUCCUUUACCAGUCACUCUCCCUAGGAGAGCUAAGCCCUUUCACUUAUGUUUCUGAGCUGCCAGGGACCAGCCUCACUCAGUAUCCAGAGCUGCUUUUGCUGUCACAGGUAAUGAGAUCCAUCCUUUUAUCCUUGGACGUGGAUGUGCAGUGGUACCUUCUGAGAUCAGUUUAUGCUGUCAGGGUUUUCUGCUCUCUUCUACAUCACUUGGCACUAAUAACUCACUUUUCCGAGGCAUUCUUC